AUGAAGUUCUAUGCACACAGUGUCGCUUACGAUAAGAGCGUAGGUACGCAAAACUAUCGUCAGCACAUGCCCUCCUACGGCCAACAGGAUCAACAGAAGCUGUCUUAUGCUUCCCAGCAAAUGGGAAUCGGUAGUUUGCUGCAGCAACCCGGCACAAGUGUUGGUUCUGCAGGUUACGGCACUUUGACACAAGCUCAGCAACCGCAGCAACAACAGGCUACUACAUCGCAGCAGCAGCAGCAACCGAAUCAGCAAACUCGGCUGCCGCAACACUAUCCUCAGGCUCCGACUCAGCAUCCACUAUAUCCAGUUGUACCGACUUCUACCGGCCAGACAGGCUCGUCUGUUUCCGUACCAGGUGGUCCCCAAGCCUAUACGCAUAGUCCAUAUGGAAAUUCCAUGCAGCACCAGUCAGGUCGUGCUGUUCAGCAUAUUCCAUACGGACACUUGGAUCAGACAAAUCAGUACGGCCAACAUGUCCCAACGUCUGCUGCACCGACCAGCGUACCAACGCAUCACUUAACUGCGCAGCAGCAGCAGGCUGGGCAGUUAGGCGUGCAUAUGGGUCCGGGCAGUCAACAGCAACAGCAGCAGCCUUCCACAGGCUUACCACAUAGCAGCAACAAUGUUGUAAGCCAGCCAUCUUUACCCUCCAGCCUGGGCGCGGCUCAGCAGCAGCAGUCCACUACGCAUAUUAUGCAGAACCAACAACAGCCGCAACAGAUCCAACAGCAGUCUCAGCAACAACAGCAACCAAAUCAUGUUGGUCUAAUACAACCACCAAGCCAGCAUCAGCAAUUGCCGGGGGCUGUGUUACCACCACCGCACACCUUAGGGGUGCCACCAAGCUAUAGUAGUCAUCAUCAGCAACAGCAGCAGCAGCAACAACAGAAUCAACAGCAGCCAAACAAUGUACAAGGCGUACAAUCAGCAGCAGCUUCGUACUUAUCCUCACCAAAACAUCAGACCACUUCAUCACAAUUAUCAUCAUCGCCGCAGUACCGUGCUCCAUUUCCGCAGCUUUCGCCACAAAUGUCACCUAUACCAAUAACAAUGUCACCACAUCCACAAAUGUCGCCGCGGCCUGGCAUCUCGCCGGCAAAGCCACCGCCACAGCCGCAAGCGCAAGCUCAACAACAAGUGAAUCCACCAAGCCAGCAACAAUCGACUCAUCACAGCAUAUCGGGUAUGGUUGGCCUUACUUCGCCACGUCCACAAGUACCAAAUACAGGAUCACCAAGCUCAAAAGCUGGCGGUGGUCCGCCAGUAGUCAACACACUGCAGGCACUCGAACAGAUGGUUAUGCCACCGCAGGGCGUUAUGGCCGGUCCUGGGGGUGUACCAAUGGACUAUCCGUCGGCGUAUCGCCAGACACCUAGUCACGCCGCGAUGUCACCGAUGGGACCACGCAUGCCGGUUUCACCUCAGCAUCACCUGCAAUGGAGUCCUCACUUGAGCUUGCCUCAGUCACAAAACCCCACUCCCCUCAGUGUAAGUAGUGUCAUGAGUUCACAGCCGCAGUUACAGCACCAACAACAACAAAUGAAUUUGUACGCACAGGUACAAGGGAUGACUCACCAACAGCAAGCAGCUGGACACCCAUCGCCUAUCGGAGCGCCUCAACAGCAACCACCUCCACCACAACAGCAAACGCCAGUGCCACAACCACAAUCACAGCAUCAGCAAUUGAACGAUCAAUUGCAACAUUCCAUUAAUGACAUUGUAGGUGGUGGCCAACAGCAACAGCAUCAUCAACAACAACAAUUGCCAGCAAUGUCACCGAUAAAUACACAACAACAGCAGCACCAACAGGCGCCACCAUCUUCGCAUCAGCAGAAUCAGCCACAGCAACUGCACCAUCAACCACCUGGUUUGCCGAACGUCCACCAUAUGGGUCACCAUCAGUUGCCGCCCUCUACCGAUCAUACAACUGCCUCGCUUAUGAGCAGAAACACACCAACCCAUGAUCCUACAGUUGGCGUUGUACCGACUUCGCAAGCGCACCAACCAUCUCAUGUCCAGUCACAGCUACAACAGCAACCUUCACCCCAUCAACAACAACAGUCGCCCCUUCAACAACAACAGUCGCCCCUUCAACAGUCCAUGCUCCAACAGCAAUCACCGAGACGUCACCAACAAUUGUCACCACACAAUCCACCCACUCAGCAGCAACAAUUGCAUCAACCAUAUCCACAACAACACGGCCAACAAUUGCUCGGAGAUCCGUUUGCUGCAAUGCUAACGGCUACACAAGAUCCUUCGACAGGUCUGCAGCCAGGUAUACAACAACAGACUUCGCAAUUGGAGUCACAAUCCUCGCUAACACAGACGCCACAACCACAGUCACAGUCACAACAACAAUCUUUAAUCCUGCAGCAGCAGACAGCGCAGUUGCAGCAGCGUGAUCUACAACAACCAUCAUCGCAAUCGGUUAUGUCACCUGCACAUGUUUCGCCACCAUUAGCUUCUACUCCGAAUGUUGUCGCACAACAACCGCAGCAUCAGUCACUGUCGAUCCAGGAGCAGCAGCCGCCACAGCAGCCGCCACAGCAGCCACCAACGCCGACAUCAACGCCGACAUCUACUCCUUCACAUCAUUUGACAAGCAUUCUUAACGAGACAGCAAAUUCAAACGACUCUUCUACGUUGGCCGUAGCAGCAAAUGACAGUAAUAACAGCAAUAACAGCAGUAGUAAUAGCUCCACCAACAGUAUCGUUAACAACCAGCCAACCUCUGUUCAUGAUAGCAAUUCACAGAGCUCGAUAAACAGCAGUAAUCAUCAGCAGCAAUCAUUGUCAGGCAUCGACAGUAUCGGUAAUGCGGUGCUGAACAACAAUUCGAAUUCAGCAACAACAGGACACGGCGGGUUGCUAGACAGCGCCGGAGCUAAUCUUUUCGACAAUACUUCAAUGUCGUCAACAAGUGCUGCUAUAGCAGCGGCGUCCUCUGCCGCAUCGGCAGCCGCAGCAAUGUUAGACAGCAAUUCACAAUCUUCAUUCAUUAGCGCCGCUGCGUGUGUUAAUGAUUUCGAUCGCUCCAGUAAGUUGCAGCAACAGACUCCAGAAAAUAAAAGUAACUUGGGAGAUACACCACCGGAACAGCGAGCAGUUGAGAUUGCAUCCACAGAACAUUCAAUAGACAACGCGUUCAAAGGAAAUGACCCAGCCGACGAAGUUAUGAAGCCAAUCGCUGAAGAAACAGUAGAUGGUAAAACUAGCACUUCACCUGCCGGAAUGCUCGAAGAAACUACUAAGCCGGCGGAUACCACUUCAUCAGAUACGAUUCUGGAGCAAGCAAAGUGUUCCGAGGAGACUCUGUCUGCCACAGAAAGUGAGUCGCAACAAAUGAUCCCCUUGCCACAGCAAACUCAUUUGCAACCCCAACAACACUCGGUGCCAACAACUCUUGUCGAUUCCGUGGCUCAGAUGGCUGUUGGACAGAACGUUACGACAGCGACAUCUAAUGCCCCGCCACAAUCCCAGACACAUAUUACACCGAUGUUACCACCAAAUUUGUUGCCACACCAUCCCAUGGCUAACACACCGGGUAUGACAGCUAUGGGUUAUGAUGGAACUCCACAAAUGAUGUUGCCACCAUAUGCUCAACAUGUCCCGCCGGCUAGCCAUAUGUACCCCCCGUAUCCAAUGGUGCAUCAACAGGAAAUUGCCGCUCUACAGCAGCAACUCCAAGAAAUGUACUGCAUGCCGCCGACGGGGCCCGAUCACCAAGAGAAAAUUGUGCGUCUGCAAGAUCGCUUGAAUAUGCUGCAGCAACAUGAAGUGAAUGACCAAUGCGCAGGCAAUGGUCCGCAAUGCAUACUGUACCAGAGUGGUGGUAUGCCUCCUAUAUAUGGCAGCAGUGUGCUUCACAGCCAAAUGAUGGUGGAGAGUCCGCAGGUGUCGAGCACCACCGGGCGCGGUCGCGGAAAGGGCACAACUAAACCACGUAAGCCACGUGCUAAGAAAGGCGAGAAAGCUGCUGCGCAACAAGCACAACAGCCUUCCAGCGAUAUUAUGGACAUAAGUUGCAAUAUUGUGCCCUCACAUGCGAUUCCAACUACACAUUUGCCGGUUUCCGAGGACUGUGUAACACAAGGAGCUGGCGACAAGUCGGUAGUAGGAACCUUAGAGUAUAAUGAAGGAAGUGGGGAUCACUCGCAAGAUAUUGUGCACUCGGCUAAUGACUUAGAUACAUCUACAGACGAUGCGGGCAAGAAAAAAAAACCGCGUAAGCCACGUGCACCCAAAGAUCCAAAUAAACCACCGCGUGAUCGCACUCCUAAGGCAAAAAAGGUAAAAGACGGUGAGCAAAACUGUAGUGAGUCGCUUGCUUCAAUACGUCGGCGAAAUGGUGCCAAAAAGAAGAAGAAUGGCGAAGAGGAAGAAAAGGCUGCUGAUGGUAGUGAAGCCGAGGACAACAAACCACUUUCGGUUUGUAAGUCAAAUGCUGCAGAGUUAGGUGGUAAUGCAACGAGCGAUAAUAGCGAAAGCCCGAUUAAACCUGAAACUACAACAUCUGACGAACCUGGUACUGAAAUCAAAUCUACUAACAUUGACGGGGAAGCACCUGAUUACGAUGAUAUACCAGUUUCAAAAAUACCUACAACGCGCGCGAACGUGGAUGACGAAAAGUCUACAGAAGCUGGUGAUGACACUGUUGACUCAGUACCCGAUUCUGCAGGCGAUGCCACGACGACACCUAGUCGACGAAGCAAGAAACGUUCCGGCGGCCGCAAUCGUGGCAAUAAUAGUGAUGAUGCCACCUAUACAACACGCCGCAGAUGCACGCUUUCUGCACGUGCACUUAAGAAGCGCCGUAAUCGCGGACGUAUUGUACCCGAAUCAGAUGGGGAAGACGACACAUUGGCUAGCACGCCACCACCAUCACCGCCACCUGACUCUGAAACGGAUAAAAAUAAGCGACGCUCGUCCCGAAAUACUCAACGUAAGAAAUACAUUGAUGAUGUGAUGCUGCGUUUCUCAGAUGAUGACUCGUCCUUAAUGGCGUCUCCGGUCAAGAAAGAAAAGAAGGGAUCGGCUGCGGUAGCAAUAGCGGCCGCGGCAGCCGCGGCACCACAGAGUUGUGAUGCAGAAAAGGCGGAUGCAAGUGCAGCAAGCUCAGGGGCCGAAGGUGAGACUGGUGGUUCCUAUGAUAAGCCCACAGCAUGUGAAGCUGAAGACGGUACCGCAACGGAGGCGAGUUCAAGCACAGCCACUGAAAAGGAUAAAUCAUUGCUGGAAGCCCCGCCACCGAUAUCUUCUAAACCCAACUACGUAUAUAUUAAUACAGGCGACGAGGACAGCAUGGUGGUACAAUAUGUUUUGGCCGUUCGUAUGGGCAGACGAGAGUUGAUACCGGAUCCGCCUCCUGCUCCACCCAAAAAACACGAAAGGGAGAAUAAGGAAAACGAAGAUAAUGUACACAAAAGUGACGAAAAGUCAGAAGUGGCUCAUAAAAAAAGAGCAACGGAAGAAAUAGUAGAAGAUAAAAAGGAUUGUACUGAAGAAAAGGAAAUUGGGGUGGAUGAAGCGGAGAAGGAAAGUGAAAUAACUGGGGGUAUUCAAGAAAAUGUGGCUCAUGAAAAGGAGCCUGUGAAAAUGGAUGCAGAUAAGAAUGAGCAAACCAAGUCCGUUGUCAAAUUUAACGACGACGCACAAAAAUCAAAUGAACAUGAGAAUGUGGACUCAAAAAAUCAGUCUGAAGAAAAUUUGCCUUCUAAUGGCGUAGAAAGCAAAGGCAAUGGCAAUGAAAAUAUCAGUGAUUCCCUCAAAAUCACUGUCAUAAAUAAAAGCGAUGAUAGUAAAAUUGUCGAUUUGACAGAAACACAAAGUGAUAAAGUAGUAAAAAAUGAAAAGGAUAAUAUUGGGGAAGUGCGGAACAUGGAUGUUGAUGUGGAAUCUAAGGCUGAAGCGGAUGAACUUGCCGUUAAGGUUUCAGAAGACAACAGAAUAUAUCCAAUAGAUGGGGUUAGAGUUUCUGUAUCUGAAAAGAACACUACCAUUAAUGAAGAAAAAGUUGAAGGCGAUAAUAAGGAUAGAAAGGAAGACAGCAAAGUUAAAAGCUAUAACCAGAAUAAUAAUGAAAAAAAAGACAAAAACAGUAAUGACGUUGAUUCCAGCUUCACGAAACCGGAGCCUGUAUACAUCGACGUGGAAGAAUUUUUCGUAAAAUAUCGUAACUUCUCUUACCUUCACUGUGAGUGGCGCACCGAAGAGGAACUUUUUAAAGGAGACCGCCGAGUGACUGCAAAAAUUCGCCGUUUCCAGCAGAAACAAGCACAGCAAAUAAAUAUCUUUGAUAGCAUCGAGGAAGAACCUUUCAAUCCCGAUUUCGUAGAAGUCGAUCGCGUUCUGGAUAUGUCUGUACACACAGAUGAAAACACGCGAGAAAUCACAAAACAUUACCUAGUGAAGUGGAAAUCUUUACCCUACGAAGACUGCACGUGGGAGCUGGAGGAGGACGUAGAUGCAGAUAAAAUUGAGCAGUAUAUGCGUUUUAAUAAAUUACCGCUUCGUGCUGAAUGGAAAAAUAAAAAGCGACCACAUCCUGAGCAAUGGAAGAAGCUUGAAAACACGCCACUUUAUAAAGGCGGCAACACGCUGCGCCCGUACCAACUAGAGGGCUUGAAUUGGCUUAAGUUUUCGUGGUAUAACUCUCACAAUUGUAUAUUAGCUGAUGAGAUGGGUUUAGGAAAAACUAUACAAAGUUUAACAUUCGUUCAUUCGGUGUAUGAGUAUGGCAUUCGUGGGCCCUUCCUCGUGAUUGCACCGUUAUCAACAAUACCAAAUUGGCAGCGCGAGUUUGAAAGUUGGACAAAUAUGAACGUCGUCGUAUACCACGGAUCGGUAACGAGUAAACAAAUGAUACAGGACUAUGAAUUCUACUAUAAAACUGAAAGUGGCAAAGUACUUAAAGAACCAGUAAAAUUCAACGUACUGAUAACGACAUUCGAAAUGAUUGUGACUGAUCACAUGGAUCUGAAGUCAUUCAAUUGGCGUUUAUGCGUCAUCGAUGAGGCCCAUCGUUUAAAGAAUCGAAAUUGUAAAUUGCUGGAAGGCCUGAGGCAAUUGAAUUUAGAGCAUCGUGUGCUGCUCUCCGGCACACCAUUGCAAAAUAACAUCAGUGAAUUGUUUUCGCUAUUGAACUUCCUGGAACCGAAUCAGUUUUCUUGCCCCGAGGAGUUUAUGUCGGAAUUCGGAAGUUUGCGGACCGAAGAGGAAGUUAAUAAACUGCAGGCUUUGUUGAAACCAAUGAUGUUGCGUCGUCUCAAGGACGAUGUAGAGAAAUCGCUUGCUCCAAAGGAGGAAACUAUCAUUGAGGUAGAACUGACGAAUAUACAAAAGAAAUACUAUCGGGGUAUUUUGGAGCAGAACUUUUCUUUCCUGAAGAAAGGUACAACUUCGGCUAACAUACCCAAUCUAAUGAACACAAUGAUGGAACUGCGUAAAUGCUGCAUACAUCCGUAUUUGUUGAAUGGGGCCGAAGAGCAAAUACAAUAUGACUUUCGUGUGCAACAUGGCGAUGAUCCCGAAUCGUAUUAUAAAAAUCUUAUACAAUCAGCUGGUAAAAUGGUGUUGAUUGACAAACUACUGCCAAAACUUAAAGCGAAUGGUCAUCGCGUGCUGAUUUUUAGUCAGAUGGUUCGUUGCCUCGACAUCUUGGAAGACUAUUUAAUGUACAGAAAAUAUCCCUUUGAACGGAUCGAUGGCCGCAUUCGUGGAAAUUUACGUCAGGAAGCUAUCGAUCGCUAUUCCAAGCCCGGUUCGGAUCGAUUUGUUUUCUUGUUGUGUACCAAAGCUGGUGGUUUGGGCAUCAACUUGACUGCAGCAGAUACAGUUAUAAUUUAUGAUUCCGACUGGAAUCCACAGAACGAUUUGCAAGCACAGGCACGUUGCCAUCGUAUCGGCCAGAGAAAAAUGGUGAAGAUUUAUCGCUUGCUUUGCCGAAACACAUACGAACGAGAAAUGUUUGAUAAGGCUUCACUUAAACUAGGCUUGGACAAGGCAGUGUUGCAGUCAAUGAAUACACACAACUCAAAGGACGGUAGUAAUCGUCAGCUUUCGAAGAAAGAAAUCGAAGAUUUGCUGCGAAAGGGUGCAUAUGGUGCUGUGAUGGACGACGAUAACGCCGGAGAUAAGUUCUGUGAAGAAGACAUCGAUUCGAUUUUAAAGCGACGCACACAGGUCAUUACUAUGGAGUCUGAAAGGGGAUCAACUUUCUCAAAAGCAUCAUUUGCUGCUUCGGGUAAUCGGUCGGACAUUAAAAUUGACGAUCCCGAUUUCUGGACAAAGUGGGCCAAAAAAGCGGAUAUUGAUCCGGAUGCUUGUGAGCGUGACGAAACGGAAGAUCUUGUGUUGUCUGAACCUAGAAGGCGCACACAAAUUAAACGCUAUGGACACGAGGAUGUUAUGGAAAUAAAUUCUGAUGACUCAUCCAAUGAGAACAGCGACGAAGAGGGUGGCAUAAGUUUGCGAUCAAGGCGCCGCAAAGAAAAAAGAAUGCGUGAGAGAGAACGUGAGAAGAAAACUAGCAUUAAUGAUGAGUACAUACCAAGGGAGCGUGAUGCUUUGGCUUCGCUUGGGUUGGAUGAAAUACAGUACGGAAAUUGGGCAAAGUCUGAGUGCUUUAAGGUCGAGAAGGGUCUAUUGUCUUUCGGGUACGUACACAUGAAUUUUCCUAUAUAGUACAUAUAAUCAUGA